AUGACAGCCUCGUCCACACCUACCGAGCACUUCCCCACUAUCCGUGGGGUCAAGUGGCCCAACAUGAUUUCCAUCGUCGUGACCCACAUCCUCGCCAUCUACGGGGGCCUCUAUGUUACACCAAAGCCCAGCACGGCUGUCCUCGCCAUUGUACUUUAUUUCGUCUCUACUCUCGGAAUUACAGCAGGUUCCCACCGUCUCUGGUCGCAUCGCUCCUUCAAAGCUUCAGCUCCGCUCCGGCUCUUCCUCGUCCUCGCGGGCGGGAGCGCCGUGCAGGGCUCCGCGUACUGGUGGGCGAAGGUGCAUCGCUCGCACCACCGUUACAUCGACACGGACAAAGACCCGUACAGUGCGCAGCGCGGCUUCCUCUUCACGCACGUCGGCUGGAUCGUCUUCUAUACCGACGUCGCUCCCGGGGGAGGCGUCGACCUCUCUGACCUCCACAAGGACAAAAUUUUGAUGUGGCAGCACAACAACCGUGCGCUCGUAUGGCUGCUCUGCGGGUACAUCCUGCCCACUGUCAUCCCGGGCUACUUCUGGGGCGACUGGGCGGGCGGCCUGUUCUACUCGACUGCGCUGCGCCUCACCGCCUGCUACCACAGCGUCUGGUGCAUCAACUCGCUCGCACACAUGCUCGGACACGCGCCGUUCGACGACAAGCACACGCCGCGCGACCACCUGUUCACCGCGCUCGUGACGAUGGGCGAGGGCUACCACAACUUCCACCACCAGUUCCCGAUGGACUACCGCAACGCGUUCCGGUGGUACCAGUACGACCCGACGAAGUGGUUUAUUGCGGCGUGCGGCGCGCUCGGGCUCGCGAGCAACCUGCGCACGUUCCCGAGCAACGAGGUGCACAAGGGCAUGUUCACGAUGCGUGCGAAGGAGCUCCGCGCGACGCAGGAGAGCCUCACGUGGCCGACCCCGGUAGAGAAGCUGCCUGUUGUCACUUGGGAGAACUUCCAAGAAGAGUCCAAGAAGCGCACACUGCUCCUCGUCUCGGGCUUCAUCCACGAUGUAACAAGUUUCCUCGAAGAGCACCCUGGUGGGGACAGGCUGCUCACCGCGAACACGGGCAAGGACGUCACCGCGAAGUUCUUCGGCGGCGUGUACGACCACUCGCACGCUGCACACAACUUGCUGUCAAUGAUGCGUGUCGGCAUCUUGCAGGGCGGAGUCGAGACCCUAGGGGAGCACGCUGUCCCGCCAGCGCAGAAAUACUAUGUUAGCGUGCACGAGGAGGCUGAUUGAAUCUGGAAGAAGUGAUAUUUACACCGUAGAGCUAUAUAUGUGGUAGAUUACAUAGGAUCCGUUAGUGCACAGACAGCAGCAGGCUAGAUAAUACUGUUAACAUAUCAAAGCUUCGCGGGCGGAGCGCGCGUCCCAUAAACCAGCUUCAAGUUGAGCUUUGCCCUGCCCUGCGGAUCGCCCUGCACACUCGCGAUGUCCGCCUCCGUCUUCGUCAGAUCUCCCUCGAGCACCCAUCGACGAAAUGCCUCUAUAUCCUCCUCGGCAGUGGGUUCACCUGUGGCGUAAGCCCAUGUCGCGUGUUCGAGGAGGUACAGCCCGCAAGAAAUGGCAGCAAAGUAGGCGAGGACGAGCCGUGGCAGGAUUGGGUUUACGGCGCUCUCCUUGAGGAGGCCGGGGAGCUUGCUAACGGCCGCUGAGAGCGUGUCGAGGGCCUUCCAGACCUGUGCUCUGAGCAGAGGCGGUACGGCUGCGAUCACAUCGUGCGCCCACUCAGUAAAGCUGGCGACCGCACCGGGGUCUUUCGUUGUCGCCCGGGUCAAGUCCAAGGCACAUACGUUUAUGGUGCCUUCCCAGAUCUUUUCGACCAUCGCAUCGCGUAUGAGGCGACCGAUACCAGUUUCCUCCAUAUACCCCAAGCCGCCCAUCGC